AUGAACGAAACCCCGCGACUUCGGUCGGCCUUCCCCACCACCCCAAGAACCGAGCUGCGACAACGGACUUUCAACGGCAAUGGAAGACCACUGUUUGGCUCCCCUCAGUCACAGCAAUCCCAAAGGUCGUCGCCGAUAACAAAACCUAUGCGCAGUACGGAGAAUGCUGCCUCUCAAUCUACACAAUCGCCCUUAAUACCUGCUGAAGCCAUCGAUGUCCCCGCCCAGCGCGCCUACGUCCUAUCUUUCUACGUUGCUUUGUGGGUAUGGAGAGGUUGCGAUGCGUUCUUUAACGUGGAUGAUCUGGACUCUACCUGGCUUUUCUUGAAGUGGACUGCCAUAGAUCUGUGUUUUCUGACUGCACUACCAAUGUUCAGAAUACCAUGGCUGCAGCUGUCUUUUGUUACUCUUGUGACAGUAUGGCUGCUGCAUGUCGUGCUAAAUGUUAUGUUCAUGUACAAGAUCAUGCCCCCGGUGUUGACUUGGGUUUGGGCAUUUCCUAAAUUGUUUUCUGACACUGAAAAUGCUCUUUCAGGAGGAACGGUGAAUCCCGCAAACAUUCUUCAAAAUUCAUCCAUAAUCCUUGGGAAGCAGAUUGUUCACAUUCUACCCGAGGGCUCGGCAAUACUUAACCCGGAGAAGAAAGCAUUCUGCUUGGAUGCAUUCAGCACCACUAUUGAGCUGCCAAUCCAGAUCAACCAGACUACCCCUAUUCUGAUUGAGUUGAAGAGAUAUGAUCUUGACACCAACGAGACAGAGCUCAUUACCAUUACCGGCCGUGAGACUAAAAGCUUGAAGAAGAAAGCCGAUUCAGAAUCCUCUGGGCUCGGCCUUGCCACCCCACGAAUCCUGCGUUAUGCAGUCAAGAAAACUGGACUUUACCAAUUGGAUCGCGUUAUUGAUACUACGAACCUCGAAGUACGACGCCAAAGUUUUGAUGUAGCAGUCGUCCCAUGUCCAAAGGCCUCGAUAUCCUCAAGAUCUGUGGAUAGAUGUAUCGGAGAGCUCAGCAGUGUCUUUAUGCAGGUGGAGGGAGUGCCUCCGUUCAAAGUCAAGUACCGCAAGACUGUGAAUGGGAAGCAAUUCAGCUCCAAUUCGCAGAAUAUCCAACCCCCACCGGAUGGCUAUAUCAAUAUUGAGGACGCAUCGAAAGUGGUUCUUGACCCUCGAAAGCCCCAUCUGGAAUGGACGAAAUCUACCGUUGAAUCAUUUGACAUUAACGAGUCACUGCAUCAAAAUGGAACUCAUUCCUACACAAUUGAGGCGGUUGAGGAUGGUUUGGGGAAUACAGUGUCCUACGACUCCCCCAACUUGAAGGAUUUGUAUGCACCUCGAAUCCAAAGUCUAGUCGUCCACAAUCGACCACAAGUGCGGCUCCAUGAUUGCAGUCCGGAUCGGUUAAUUCCGUUACCAACUGGCAAGUCGACUCCGCUUCCUGUACGGGUUCAGGACUCCGCUAAACUCCAUCCCUCGGAUUGGCCAUUGACAUUGAAGUACAGCUUUGUUUCAGAGACAGACCAGGCUACUCCACAAACCCAGGAAUUCACAUAUGAGAUGACAGAUGAUCAUACUGGACCAAAAAUCGGCCAAGCUGGCCGCUACAAUAUUGACUCAAUUUCAGGCCAAUUCUGUCCUGGAGAGGUGCUGGAACCUUCAUCGUGCAGCCUUUUCAAUCCGCCGAGGCCAGAUAUCUCGGUCACUCGGGAAGACAUAUUUGACAAGUGUGCCGGCAACCCCAUAGGAAUGAUCCUAAACUUCGACUUGACUGGAACCCCGCCGUUCAAAAUCAUGUAUGCCGUUACGCGCGCAGGCAAGGCUCGACCUCAAAUGAAAGAGUUCUCGACCAUGCGUGGUCAAAUUGAAUUGCUAGAGCAGUCUGCAGGAACUUACAUUUACACAAUCAACGAGAUCGCGGACUCUGUGUAUGAACCAACUUCUCUAAAGGACCGGGACUUAGUGUUUGAACAAAAUAUCAGACCGCCUGCUUCUGCAAUUUUCCAGAGUCCCCAGGCCGUCGUUAAGGCUUGCUUGGGCCAGUCCGUCUCCGAGACGGUAAAAUUAUUCGGCGAAGGCCCAUGGAACUUGGAAUAUGAGGUUAUUCACGGUGGGAAGAGGAAAAAGAAUUCUGCUCAAUCUGAAACAGAUCUCGUCAGCAUUGAGUUUCCUGGUCAAAGGGAUGGCGGUCGAUACACUUUGAUGUUGACAAAUGUCCAAGACAAGUCUCGAUGCAAAACUGCGCUCAGAGAGGAGCGGCACAUCGACGUCAGACCAGAUCAGCCCACAGCCGGGUUUGGCGAUAUUCAAGGGAGGCGAUCCAUUCUCGCUUUGGACGGAAAAGAAGUCAAAAUCCCCCUGCGCCUCAAAGGAAAUGCCCCCUGGGCGGUAAGAUUUCAGAUGUCAGAUGAUCCGUUAAGUUUCACAGAGCAACACUUUCGGCAAGCAAACUCAUUCUUCACGGUGAACAAACCAGGCACCUAUGAAAUAGUAGCCGUUCAUGAUCAAUGUGCAGGUCUUGUUGACCCUAAAGCGAACCAAUUUCAGGUCAACUGGAUCCCUCGGCCUUCGCUUCAAAUCGAAGAUCCAACAUUGACACAAGACGGAUCCAGCCUUCGUAAAGUGCCCGUCUGUCAAGGUGACGAUUCUGCUUUGGUGCUCGCUCUGAAAGGCACUCCCCCGUUUAGCGUCAAAUAUCAACAGAAAUAUGAACCAGCCAAAGGUCCUGCUUCCAUCAGCAAUAAAGAAAGCAAUUUCGCCGGUCCAAAUGCCUUUAUCAACCUCGACACAACGAAAUCCGGCGAAUAUACCUACCUGUUCUCUGAAAUAGGUGAUGAACGCUAUGCCCAUGACAAAAAGAGAUUCUCACCCAUUGUUGUGAAGCAGCAAGUCUUCGCCCCACCGUCGGCCAAAUUUACUCAGCCGGGAAAGACGUACAGUUAUUGCCAAGAUGACCUUAGCUUCACGAGUCAGGGAGCAGAGACGGAAUAUAUCCCUAUUGCUCUCACGGGAGAUCCUCCUUUCAACCUGGAAAUUGCAAUCACUCAUCAUGGACAGUCGCCUCGACCUGAGAUACUUCGCCAGAAGGAUAUUCCAUCGAACAGCUACUUAUGGCCUCUUUCACGAACAAAUCUGGACCUUGGUACACACAGCAUCGCUAUUCGCUCUGUCAAAGACAGUCGUGGAUGCGAGAGCGGCAUUGAAUCCGACCCAUCCUCGGUUCGAGUCCAAGUUUCUCCUCCCCCAAUUAUCAAUCCACUUCAGUCGCAAGAUGACUUCUGCGUUGGUGAGCAUGUAUCCUUCUCGCUCAGUGGUCAACCACCGUUUGAAGUAUCCUAUACGUUCAAUGGUAAAGUGAAAACGGUAACAGAGUCGACCAAUGAGUUCAAGCGACUUACCGAUCGCCCUGGCGAAUUCGUGAUCACCGGAAUUAGUGAUAGUGUGAUGCGUAAUGGCAAAUGCCGUGCUAGGAAAGAGAUCAAGAAGAUGAUCCGCCCCUAUCCGACGGUCGAACUUGGCCGGGGCAAGACCCUCAUCAGUGACAUCCAUGAAGGCGGCGAAGUUGAAAUCCUGUUCAGCUUUACUGGCACCCCGCCCUUUGAAUUUACGUACACUCGAUCUGAAGACGUGAAAGGACGGAAACACGCAAAGAUCCUAGAGACGCGGCACGACACCUCGACCGAGUUCAGCAAAGUGAUCCGCGCCAGUGAUGAGGGUGUGUACGAAGUCGUCUCCAUCAAAGAUCGAUACUGCUCGUACACGAAGCCACAUCACAAGAAUACCAAUGCCCGUAAGGAGGGCCAAAAGCAAUUGAAAUGGUAG